CAAGAAGCAUGAGAGAGUGUCAGAGACGGACAGAUGACAGACUGAGGUGUAUGUGGAUCCUGCUGUGUGCCGAGGGGGAGAGAGAACAACACCGCCACGCUUCUUCAGGGCGUUGAUGUUCAGAGAAAUAACAUCCAGCCCUUGCCGGGGACAGGGAAAGGAAGGUACCCUGAAUGCUGCGUGUAGGAGCGAAGAGAAAAGCACAAUAAACCACGGAGCGGACUGCGCAAAAUCAGAAACAACUGGCAAAACAACAUCCUCUGAAACCCAACCUUCGUAGAUUGUGGUGGGCCUUUUCCAAUCUCUCUGUUCUUGGCCACCCAGGAGAGGCGAUGGAAGGUUAAAUCACAUGCUCCGUCAAGAGUGAUCACAAACCGAACCUGCUGAGACUUCAUUCUCCAGUGUCCGAGGAGCCCUUGAAACCUUCCCUGGGAACUUACAGCAACACAAACUUUCCCAAGUAAUUUGCUUAUCUCACUCUAAGGAAGUACUUUGAUAAAGGUCAGAAUCAUUUUAUGUUUCUUUAGCGAGGGCCCAAAAAGACCCAGCCACGGCCCACUGCGGGGUCUCAGAGGAGCGUCUGGGGAACAUUGAUCUGGACGAGAAGAUUGUGACGGAGGUGAUGGGUAACAAGAACACCAGCCUGCCGAAAGGUCCCGACAGCGAGCCUACACAGAAAGAGGAAGGGGGUGUCAUUGACAAUACCACAGGAAGUGUCUCCAGAGAUGGACCGCUGGGCCCCAGCCCGGAGCUGCUGGCCUCCCUGCAGUCCCUCGGAGAAAACAGCGACUACACUCUGCUCCCACACUCCCUGCACCAGAUUGCAGAGGCCUACUCACUCAAAGAGGACUACCAGUGGGCCAUUCAGUUCCUGCAGCUGGAGAAGCUCUACCAUGAACGUCUGCUCUCCAACCUUGCCGCCCUGCAGGAAAACUGGGAGAGCCAGUGGAAAGAGAAGAACACCGAGAGCAGUUCACCCGCUGAGACAGACCUCAUCAGUCAGAAGCACAUCGAGACCCUGAGCCAAAUCUGUAGGACACACCCCAGCCCAUCCAUCAGUGUGCAGCAGAACACUCUGAAUACAAUGCUGAAAGACAUUCAGACACUACAACCCUGUCAUGACAAAGUCGACAAUCCUGACACGUCACACGAGGACGGAGAACAAGAGCAAAACGUGAACUCAGAGUCAGAGCUAUCUUCACCACACACCGACCAUCAGGAGGAAACUGGGGAAAAGGAAGGAGCGGAAGAGGAGGAGACAUAUGAGGAAGGACAGGAAGUAGAAGAAGAGGAGGAGGAGGAGGUGCCGUGUGAGGAAACGCCAGAGGAGGAGGAGGUGAAGGUGGAGUGGCCAACAGGAGUUCCCCAGGCUUCAGACAAGGACCUGGCCAAACUGUCCCACACAGAAGGGAUUUCUUCUCCUGAUGGUCUGGUCUCCAUUCUGAAGAGGAGGCGAGCGUCGCUGGAUGGACUGCCUCCGCCCAGCGACAUUGCUAUUAAACAGAGCUCCAAACGCAAAGUUCGCUUCAGCGAACCAGAGGACGGCAUUGAACAAGAUGAGGUAGGUGGAGACUCCUGCCUGAUCCUCCUGCUGCUGUGCUUGGUUACUGUGGUGAUCAGCAUAGGCGGGACCGCUCUCUACUGCACCCUGGUGGACACUUACUCCAACAUUUGCACCGACUUCACUCAGAACGUCAACUUCUACGUCAUGAACGCACGGAGGUUCUUUGAAGGGCUCGGACACUGGCUGCCCCUCCGGACUUAAGGCCGCUUCAUCUGCUCUCCAGACAAAAGCAGACAUUUGUGCUGAGUGUAAAAUAGAGAGUGAGGAUGAAAGAGUCCCAGACUAAGACUGUACAGAUACAGGACCCACAGGCAUUAAUCUGAUGCUGCCAUGCAGAGUGUUUAAAGCUUUGACUCCUUCUACAGUGACUGGACUCAUGUCUCAGCAAAAGAGCUCACAUCCCACUAAGACUUGUAAAUUUGGUCAAAUGGACUAAGAUUUUUGUGUCGGUAACCGAGUGCUCAAAGCAACAACAAACAAAAAAAACAGUAAAAACUGUCCAAAUUUCUUCACCUCAGAAGA